GCGCGCAUUUACUGAAACGACAUAAUGCAUUUGUUGUGCCGUGAGAAUCAUUCCAGCGAAAGUUAAACACAAUUAUCAGAUGUUUACUAUCGUUGAAUUUUUUGAAAACCAACAGCAACGUUUGUUAGCCGUUCCUGCUUCGUGGGUGCGUGAUGGCUUCCUCAAGUGGCCAAAACUCGGGAACGAGGCAGCGGAACAACUACGCAAAUCGGGUACGGCUUACCAUGGCGUAACAAAACAAUAUACGGCCAUAACUCAUCGCAAGUUCAAGCACCUGAGCGCAGCAGAAGCUGUCGUGAAAGAGAUGCUGCGCCCGGACAACUCGAACGUAGGCGCAAAUCGCUAUUUACUGAAGCGUCGCAAAACGAUAGCGGAUAACCCAGAAAUCGGUGGUGCUUCUUUGGAAUCUAUUAAAACAGUUUCAUCAAGUCUUCACUGUCAAAAGGAAUCCAACAGCCAAACACAAGCAAUGCAGUUGAAUAGUUCGGAUAUGGAGGACAUUAAGAACGGGAUUUCUUGUAUACAAUCUACAAUUCAUAAAAUGAAACAAGACAUUCUCGAAGCCGUCCAUGCAGAAAAUACGACGAAAUUCGAAGCUGUGUUCGAAAAAUUUAAAACAGACAUACUAAUUUCCGUCAGAGCGGGCAUAGAACAUGCUGUAGAAAGCUAUUUUGAAAAGAAUAUCUCCCGUUUUGCCUCGAUGGCCAGUGCGUCCACUUCAAAAGCAACAGAACCACAGCAACAAAAUACUUCCAUUGCAGCCGAAAGACACAAACUAAUCAAUAAUGAGAAGGAAGUGGCAAGGUUUAAUAUGUCACUAUCAAACAAGGAACUAUUUACUGAUUACAUAAAUUAUUUCAAAAGAAUAAUACCGACAAAUACGUACAAUGGAACGGGUGAUUCUGCGUGCUACGUGGUGGCAGAUUGCCUAUUCAAGAGGCAGUUUUGGACGUCAUUGACAUGGACAGGGAUCAACAAAGGGCAUAAAUCCACAAAAGGUUUUAGAGAAUAUGGGAAUGUCCUUCAACUUAUUUUUGAAGUAGUGCAUAAUGGAGAUCCUUCAUAUUGCAAAAACAAUCUUGAAGACUUUCUAAAGACUAAAAUAUUCCGAUAUUCCAAACAAAGAGCGUUAAGCAAACAAUUACGAAAGUCGACCUGCCGACCCAACAGAUCCCGUCGAAGUAAAGAAACUACUACCCUGGCCAAAUUUGAAAUGGCUGAAGAAAAUUGGGAGUCUAUGCCCGAAUAUUCAAUGCACAAUGAUGACGUUUUCGAAAACGUUAACGUGAAAAUGGAAUGUACCAAGGAUAGUGACAGUAACGAUGAAGAUUAGAAACAGCUAUGCAAAAAUUACACAUUUUAAUAGUGUAUUUUUUACAAUAGCAAACAGGUGGCUUGUACAAAUUAUGUGACAAAAUUACAUCUUAAAAUAAUACACCGCAAACAAAAAAUAUCUGGAUACUAAACUCGUUUUAUACCAAAACCUAAAGUAAACAACCGCAAGAAAAAUCUACUCGAUUUCAUAUUAACAAGUCACCUGAAAGGUGAUAUUACCAACACAGGUAAGGUUGAAAUUUUGUUAACCGGCCAGUUUAGCUACGUUCAAAACUGAUUAAAACAACAAUAUGGCACGUGUUAACAGAAAAUAAACAAAACAUGUUUAUAUUGUACACAAAGUCAAACACCGUUUUCGUUAAAUAUUAUUGUUUUUUUCAAGUAUUGGAAAAUGCCUGCAGGUCCUGUGAAGUGAACGU